AUGGCUUCCACGCCUAUGGAUAUCGACCGGUCGAACACCCCCAACGGCUCUUCCCUCAACAUUCAUCGAACCAUUGGCGCCACCGCCUCUGUCUCCAACCUCUCCGAUGUGAUAUCCAACUUUCGUCCUACCAAGCUGUUUCGCCGCGAUGAUAUCAAGGACGGACGCCCUCAGCCUCAUGUGCUAUCGAUCGAUUUCGACGACGAAGGCGAGCUUAUCAUGACCUCAGCCAGCGACGAGACGAUCCAGAUCUACAAUGUCAAGGAGGGUCGUCAUGACAAGAGCUUGCUCAGCAAAAAGUAUGGCGUCAAGCUCGCCAAGUUCACUCACACAGGCUCAAGCAUCAUCUAUGCCAGCACCAAGCAAAAUGGUACCCGACCUUACCUCGCCAGACCAACUCCGAGGAACAUCGUAACUUGCCUGUCCGUUCACCCUGGAAGCGACAAUUUCAUCUCCUGUUCUCGAGACAAUACGGUGCGCCUAUGGGACACGCAGACCAAGAACUGUCAGGGCCAAUUAUUCCUCCGAUCCCCCUACCUCGCCGCCUACGACCCUUCUGGCACUGUCUUUGCCGUGGCCUGCCCAAGCAGCGGCACGGUCUUGCUUUAUGAUGCGCGCAACUACGACAAGGCCCCCUUCGCAACGGUUGAUGUCGUGGAGCAGUGCCGGCGGGUGGAUUCGCAGUGUCUUGUUAAGGGGUGGACAAAACUCGAGUUCUCUAAUGAUGGAAAGUCAUUGCUUGUUGGAACUCGUGGUAAUGGACAUUUCCUGCUCGACGCCUUUGAGGGCACGCUCAAGGCAUACCUGCGCAAGCCAAACGGAGGGACAAAACGGCUGGCGGUUGGCGAGGCAGUAUCUGGCGCUUCGACUGAUGGAACUACGUUUGAGAGCAGUGGUGAAUGCUGCUUUACCCCUGAUGGCCGGUAUAUCCUCAGCGGUUCCAAGAAGGAUGUGUUGGUCUGGGAUAGCAUGACGGCCCCAGGCGACAACAAGGUCCUUGAGCCAAGCUGGACGCUGCCUGACAAGAGGGAGGCCUCCGUGCUAGGCUUCAACCCUCGCUUCAACUUUUUCGCUACAGCUGACCAGGAGCUGGUGUUUUGGCUGCCUGAUCCCCAUGCAUGA